AACUGGAAGGUCUGAGGGACUAGUGCGAGCGCCAGCUAUGGGCUCCGUGGCGCGGCUGGCGGCUCUGCUGGCCGUGCUGGCGCUCCGGGCAGCGGACCCGGCAGGGGCCGUGGCGGGUGGGGACACGUUCUCGGCACUGACCAGCGUGGCGCGUGCCCUGGCGCCCGAGCGCCGGCUGCUGGCACUGCUGCGGCGCUACCUGCGCGGGGAGGAGGCGCGGCUGCGGGACCUGACAAGGUUCUAUGACAAGGUGCUUUCUUUGCAUGAGGAUUCAGCGUCCCCUGUGUCGAACCCUCUGCUUGCAUUUACCCUCAUCAAACGCCUGCAGUCUGACUGGAGGAAUGUGGUGCACAGUCUGGAGGCCAGUGAGAACAUCCGAGCCCUGAAGGAUGGUUACGAGAAGGUGGAGCAGGAUCUGCCAGCCUUCGAGGACCUGGAGGGAGCAGCAAGGGCCCUGAUGCGGCUGCAGGACGUGUACAUGCUCAAUGUGAAGGGCCUUGCCCGAGGCGUCUUUCAGAGAGUCACUGGCUCCGCUGUCACGGACCUGUACAGCCCCAGACGGCUCGUCUCCCUCACCGCGGAUGACUGCUUCCAAGUGGGCAAGGUGGCCUAUGACAUGGGGGAUUACUACCAUGCCAUCCCAUGGCUGGAGGAGGCCGUUGGUCUCUUCCGAGGAUCUCACGGACAGUGGAAUACAGAGGACGAGGCAAGUCUGGAGGACGCCUUGGAUCACUUGGCCUUUGCUUACUUCCAGGCGGGAAAUGUCUCAUGUGCUCUCAGCCUCUCCCGAGAGUUCCUUCUCUACAGCCCAGAUAAUAAGAGGAUGGCCAGGAAUGUCUUGAAAUAUGAAAAGCUCUUGGCAGAGAGCCCCAGCUGGGCAGCAGCAGAGCCUGUCAUCCAGAGGCCCAAUGUACCCCACCUGCAGACCAGAGCCACCUACGAGGAGCUGUGUCAGACCCUGGGCUCCCAGCCUACGCACUACCAGAUCCCCAGCCUCUACUGCUCCUACGAGACCAGUGCCAGCCCCUACCUGCUGCUGCAGCCCGUCCGGAAGGAGGUCAUCCACCUGGAGCCCUACGUCGUUCUCUACCACGACUUUGUCAGUGACCUGGAGGCUCAGAAAAUUAGAGGAUUUGCCGAGCCGUGGCUGCAGAGAUCUGUGGUGGCCUCGGGCGAAAAGCAGUUAGCAGUGGAGUACCGCAUUAGCAAAAGCGCCUGGCUGAAGGACACUGUCGACCCAAUGCUGGUGACCCUUGACCAUCGCAUCGCUGCCCUCACAGGCCUCAACAUCCAGCCUCCCUACGCGGAGUACCUGCAGGUGGUGAACUAUGGAAUCGGAGGGCACUACGAGCCUCACUUUGACCAUGCUACGUCGCCAAGCAGCCCACUGUACAGGAUGAAGUCUGGGAACCGAGUUGCAACAUUUAUGAUCUAUCUGAGCUCAGUGGAAGCUGGUGGAGCUACGGCGUUCAUCUAUGCCAACUUUAGCGUGCCUGUGGUCAAGAAUGCAGCCCUGUUUUGGUGGAACCUGCACAGGAGUGGCGAAGGAGACGGAGACACACUGCAUGCUGGCUGUCCGGUCCUGGUGGGAGAUAAGUGGGUGGCCAACAAGUGGAUCCACGAGUAUGGACAGGAGUUCCGCAGACCCUGCAGCUCAAGCCCCGAAGACUAACGUGUCGGCCGAGAGGAGCUGCUGGAGUCCUUGGCUUUCCAGAGAAGCCAGAAGCCGGAGCCAGGAGGGAUGAAAGGAGAGCGCCCCGCGGAAGAGGGCCUUGUCGGCGGCGCCAUGUGUUCCCGGCAGGCAGGAGGCAGGGAAGUGGUCUCUGCGAGGGACACUCGAGAGUUC